AUGUAUUGUGGUCAUAUUCACGAGCCAACUAUAAUUUUAGAAGCUGUAGCAUCAUAUGACCUCUGGAUAUGGCAUGCAUUUUUUGGAUUGCCAGGCUCCCAUAAUGAUAUUAAUGUCCUAGAACACUCUUCUGUUUUUAGAGAGCUUGCUGAAGGACAUGCUCCAAAGGUCAACUACUCAAUAAAUGGAAAUGACUAUUCGAUGGGCUACUAUCUUGCCGAUGAUAUAUAUCCUUCAUGGUCGACGUUUGUCAAAACAAUUCAUGCUCCACAUGACUGUAAACAUAAACAUUUUGUUGCAACUCAAGAAUCAGCAAUAAAAGAUGUAGAACGAGCUUUUGGAGUGCUUCAAGCUCAAUUUGCUAUUGUACGUGGACCGACACGAUUUUAUGAUCGACAAACACUUAAGGAGAUUAUGAUGGCAUGCAUUAUUUUGCAUAAUAUGAUCGUAGAAGACGAGCGACAUACUUAUCUUCGAGUAGAAGACUUUGUUUAUGAACAAAGCGAUGAAAUAACCGAAUAG